GGAUGUAUCCUAUUGAGAGGUGAUUUUUUUAAACUCUAAUGUAAUUAUUUAAUAAUCAGUUUGAUUUUGAUAUUUAUUUUAAAAAUUUAUUGUUGAAGGUUUCUUAUGCGCUUAAAAGAUUAUGUAUGCAAUCGAGCCUAUCUCGAGGGCUCGAUUGCUGAAGGAUAUAUUGCUGAGGAGUGUUUGACAUUUUGUUUGAGAUAUCUUGAAGGUGUUGAAACGGUUUUCAAUCGACCUCCAAGGAAUUGUGAUAUCAUAGAGAAUGCAGAUGUUUACAAGUUUUCAUCUGGUGGAAGAGUUUUGGAAAAAGUUGAAAGUGUUGUUCUUGACCAGAAAUCGUUGGCACAGGCACAUCGCUAUGUCUUACUUCAUAGUGAUAUAAUAUCCGAGUCUCGCAGAGAAUUUUUAAUAGCUCAGCGAAGUCUCAACCAUAACAUUCGUCCUACACCAAGGAUUGAGCAACGAUGGUUGGUUGAAUUAUUUCCAGAAUGGCUUUUCAAACAGGUUAGAUGUCUAAUAUAUUAAGCUUUUUUUUAAAAUUUUUAUAGAGGGAAAUUAAUCAUUACUUCCAUAAUUUUUAUUU